UUGUCCUCAUGUUUGUGGUCCGUCACAUUUUGAAAAUCUUAUAAGAUUAAAAAAAUAUUUUAGUGUGUACCCAGCAUAAGCCCUUCUAUCCACCUCAUUCACUUUUAUAGAAUCCAGCCAUGUAAAGAGUUAAGUGUGGACAUGUUGCAUAAUAAAUUGGAAGAGGAAGACAAGGAGGAGCAACUUUUUAUCGUCUCAUUCAAGUAAAGCUGAAGGACAUGCAUUGUCGGUAUGCAAGGAACUGCUCCAUAGCUCUGUAGCCUGUAAUUGUAGUUUUUAUUUGGAUUUACAGUUUAAGAACAGAUUCAACAGAUGUAAAAAUACAAAAAAUUAUGGCCUCUUCCUGGAGUCUGCUGUCUGAAGAACAGUUCCUGUGUUCUAUCUGUCUGGAUGUGUUUAACGACCCAGUCUCUACUCCAUGUGGCCACAACUACUGUAAGGCCUGCAUCACACACUACUGGGAUGUCAGUGACGUGUAUCAGUGUCCCGUGUGUAAGGAAAGGUUCAACAAAAGACCUGACCUUCGUGUCAACACGACCCUCAGAGAGCUUGUGGAGGAAUUUAAUAUGAGUAUGAGAUGGAAAAAGGGUUACCAUGCCAAACCUGGAGAAGUGUGCUGUGAUGUCUGCAUUGGGACGAAGCUCAAGGCCCUGAAGUCCUGUCUGGUGUGUCUGGCCUCUUACUGUGAGACUCACCUGGAGCCUCAUCAGAGAGUUGCAGCCUUGAAGAAACACAAGCUGAUCGACCCUGUGGAAAACCUGGAGGACAGGAUGUGUCAGAAGCAUGACAAACUGUUUGAACUCUUCUGUAGGACUGACCAGACAUGUGUUUGUCUGAUGUGCGUCAACACAGACCACCAGGCUCACGUUGCUGUCCCUAUAGAGGAGGAGAGUAGGAAGAGGAAAGCUAAGAUGGCCGUCAUGAUGGCCGAAAUGAAUCAGAUGAUAAAGAUACGCUCUCGGAAUGUGGUAGAAAUCCAACAUUCAUUAGAGAUCAGCAGGAAAGAUGCACAUGAAAAUAUAUUUGAUUGCAGGAAGGCCUUCACAACUCUUUUGCGCACCAUUGAGAGAAGCCAAGCUGAGGUGAUUGAGAAGAUUAAGGAGAAGCAGAAAGCAGCAGAGAAAAAGGCUGAAGGGUUCAUUAAAGAUCUGGAGCAGGAGAUCACUGAGUUGCAGAAGAAAAGCUCUAAACUUGAGAAGCUUUCAAACACUGAGGACCACCUCCACCUGCUCCAGAGCUUCCCAUCCCUGAGCACCCCUGAGCACAUCAAGGACUGGUCUGAGAUCAGUGUCCACAGUGAUGUGAAUAAGGGGAUCCUAGAAACAGCUGUUUCUCAGCUGAUGAAGAGUCUGAAUGAAGAGAUGGAGACAUUUUUGGAAAAUACGACGAGGCUUGUUCAGCGGUAUGAAGUGGAUGUGACUCUGGACCCUGAUACAGCUCAUCCCAAACUCAUCCUGUCUGAGGAUGGGAAACAAGUGAAACAUGGAAACCUAUGGAACAAACUUCCUGACAGAGGUUCCAAUAAACAGAGGUUUAACCGGAGUCUCAUUGUCCUAGGAAAGCAGGGCUUCUCCUCAGGGAGGUUCUACUAUGAGGUGCAGGUUGAGGGGAAGACUAAGUGGGAUCUGGGAGUGGCCAGAGAGACCGUCAACAGGAUGUCAACCGUCACCCUGAACCCUGUGGACGGAUACUGGACUCUACUGUCUUUGAGGAAUCAAAAUGAGUACACAGCUAAUGCUGGACCUGGUGUCUCCAUCUCCCUGAGACAGAAGCCCCAGAAGGUGGGGUUGUUUGUGGAUUGCGCGAAGGGUCUGGUCUCCUUUUAUGAUGUGGAGGCCAGGUCUCAUAUCUACUCGUACACUGGCUGCACCUUCAAAGGAAAGCUAUAUCCAUUAUUUAAUCCAUGUCUUAAUGACGGUGGUGAAAACUCUGUUCCUCUCAUCAUAUGUCCUGUGACCUCAUACACUUUCUAA